UCCCGGCGGGGUUCACUGCGCCUGCGCCCGGAGUUGCAAGAUGGCGGACAGUGCGGAACUAAAGCAAAUGGUUAUGAGCCUUAGAGUUUCUGAACUGCAAGUACUUCUGGGUUACGCUGGGAGGAACAAGCACGGACGAAAACACGAACUUCUCACAAAAGCACUGCAUUUGUUAAAGGCUGGCUGCAGUCCUGCUGUACAAAUGAAAAUCAAAGAACUCUAUAGGCGAAGGUUCCCUCAGAAAAUCAUGACACCUGCAGACUUAUCUAUCCCCAGCGUACACUCGAGCUCCAUGCCAGCAACUUUGUCUCCGUCUACCAUUCCACAGCUCAGUUACGAUGGCCACCCUGCCACGUCACCAUUGCUUCCUGUUUCGCUUCUGGGACCUAAACAUGAACUGGAACUCCCCCAUCUUACAUCUGCGCUCCACCCUGUCCAUCCUGACAUAAAACUUCAGAAAUUACCUUUUUACGACUUGUUGGAUGAGCUGAUAAAACCUACCAGCCUAGCGUCAGAUAAUAGUCAGCGAUUUCGAGAAACCUGCUUUGCAUUUGCACUGACGCCACAACAAGUGCAGCAAAUCAGCAGUUCAAUGGAUAUUUCUGGGACCAAAUGUGACUUCACAGUACAGGUCCAGCUAAGGUUUUGUUUAUCAGAAACCAGUUGUCCACAAGAAGAUCACUUCCCACCCAAUCUGUGUGUGAAAGUAAAUGGGAAACCAUGCAGCCUUCCAGGCUAUCUUCCACCAACCAAAAAUGGUGUUGAACCAAAGCGACCUAGCCGACCAAUCAACAUUACCUCACUCGUCAGAUUAUCUACGACGGUACCAAACACAAUCGUUGUUUCAUGGACUGCAGAAAUUGGAAGAAACUAUUCCAUGGCAGUCUAUCUCGUAAAGCAGCUGUCCUCUACGGUGUUACUGCAGAGGUUGCGAGCAAAAGGAAUACGGAACCCCGAUCAUUCUAGAGCACUAAUUAAAGAGAAGCUGACUGCCGAUCCAGACAGCGAAAUAGCUACAACAAGCUUAAGAGUUUCUCUUCUUUGUCCACUUGGUAAAAUGCGGCUAACUAUACCGUGUAGGGCCCUGACUUGUUCACACCUGCAGUGUUUUGAUGCCACUCUGUAUAUUCAAAUGAACGAAAAGAAACCAACCUGGGUGUGCCCCGUGUGUGACAAGAAGGCUCCCUACGAACAUCUCAUUAUUGAUGGGUUGUUCAUGGAAAUCCUGAAGUAUUGUACAGAUUGUGAUGAAAUUCAGUUUAAGGAGGAUGGAUCAUGGGCUCCUAUGAGAUCGAAGAAGGAAGUGCAGGAAGUAACUGCAUCUUACAACGGAGUUGAUGGAUGCAUAAGCUCUUCCUUGGAACACCAGGUGUCUUCUCACCAACAGUCAAAUAAAAACAAGAAGGUAGAAGUGAUUGAUUUAACCAUUGAUAGCUCGUCAGACGAAGAGGAGGAAGAACCGUCUGCAAAGAGAAGCUGUCCUUCCAUAUCUCCAGCAUCACCGUUAAAUAAUAAAGGCAUUUUAAAUUUACCCCAUCAAGCAUCUCCUGUGUCGAGAACACCAAGCCUUCCUGCUGUUGACACCAGCUACAUCAAUACAUCACUUAUCCAAGACUACAGGCAUCCAUUCCAUAUGACACCUAUGCCUUAUGACUUGCAAGGUUUAGAUUUCUUCCCUUUCCUGUCAGGAGACAAUCAGCAUUACAACACAUCCCUUCUUGCCGCUGCAGCCGCGGCAGUUUCCGCAUCAGAUGAUCAAGAACUCUUACACUCUCGUUUUUUCCCAUACACUUCAUCUCAGAUGUUUCUCGAUCAGCUAAAUGCAGGAGGAAGCAGUUCUCUGCCAGCCACAAAUGGUAGCAAUAGUGGCAGUAACAGCAGUCUUGUUUCCUCCAACAGCCUGCGAGAGAAUCAUGGUCAUCCAGUUGCAAGUAGGAGCAGCACGGACACGGCGUCUAUCUUUGGUAUCAUACCAGACAUUAUUUCAUUGGACUGAUUUUUGGAGUAAAUGAACUCGUCAGAGGAAAUCUUUGUGCUUGGUUUUACUUUAUGUUAGAAACAUAGACAAGUUUUUUUCCUUUUUUAGGGAAAAAAAUUUAUGUGUACAGAGAACAAAAGUAUAUUUUCAGUUUUACUUUUGUAUAUAAACCUAAGAUGGCCUCGCUGGUAAAAAUAAGAAAAAAAAAACACAAAACAAAAAAAAAUUAACAAAAACAAGGAGCUUCAGUUCAUUUUUAUGGAUGUUGAAGAUUACACCUGUGCAUUUGUCAUGUAAGUUACUUUCCCCCCCCCAUAGUUUGGACCCAAAUGGCAUUAUUUUCUUCACAGUAACAUAAACAGGAAAGGAGCUGAACUUUUAAAGUUCAAACUUGUGAGAGGGUUGUUUUUUUCUCUUGGAGACAUUUACCGUUGGUGGAAUCUAAUUUCCCCAUCCCAUAUCUAGUGCAGAUUUUAUUAUGCUUAAAGCAGAAUAAACCCUACCCAAACUAUUCCACAGCAUCCCCUCGGUUUGCAGGACAUAGCCUUUCAGGAGUGGGUUUGGUUUUUUUGAUGUUUUUUUCCUUUUGGUCAUUUCUGGUUCUACCUGGGCCUCCAUUCAGACAAUUUUUUAAAUUCCAUGCUUUAAUCAAGCAUGUUGCAAGCUCAUUAGUGCACCAGCUAUUCUUAAGGGCCAGACCAUAAAACCUCAGACUGAGGAUUUACUUAGCUGUGCUCGUAUGGGACAAGACAGAAUUUUUAUAGAAUCUAGCCUCUAAUAAAAGCAUUGACGCCUUGGACUGUAUUUUUUUUCUAAGAACUUACUAUGAAAGCCUUUUAAAAUAACGUAAGAUCCUCAUCAGCAAAAUAUUAAGCAUGUGUCAGUUUUAAAUUUGUGGAACUGCUUGUGCUUUAAAGCUAGCCAUGCGUGUAUAAAUGGCCUGUUGACUUGAGGCCUGUCUUAUUCUGUCUGGAGAAACCUACUUUUAGCUGCAGUAGAUCAAAUUUCUGCUUAAAAGUGACCUUGUCAACAAAAGGGAGAAAAUACAAACAACCAACAACCGUUGCAUGGUUUGUGCAGCUGAUAAUGGUCUUGGUACGCUGUCUUCUGAGUUCACAUCCAUCAAAAUUAUUAUUAAAUGUUCAAAGUCAGUCUCUUAAACCAAAAACCAACCCAAUAAAAAAGCCCCACCCUGUAGCCCCUGUACUCCAACAUAGUGCUACCUACUGAAGUCUCUUAGGGUAGUGGGUUUCCAAAUUCAGUUUUCUCUUUUUGGCCUUGUAAUUAAUUUGAUUUCCCUGAUUUUUUCAGUACGCUUAUGUUGACCCUUGAGCCAUACCUACUUCCCGGCUUCUUUUAUCUUUUUGUUUUUGUUGGAGUUGUGCAUGGCGUAGGAAAACCUUUUUUUAGAACUGGUGGGUCGUUGUUUGGGCUGAUCCGUUCUUAUCAGAGAGUGAAAUGUGUAAAUAGCUGGAAUGCAGUUUUUCAGGAGAUUCUUUAAAGUAAGAGAAGGGGGAGGGAAGGAGGUGAUUCUCUUGUGUCCCAAAGUCCAUGUCAGAGAGAGUAAAUAUUUCCUCUGAUGUGAAAAAUAUUUUUAUAACUGGUUGAAAGUGCAGGUAACAAGUUUAUCAGGAAGAGAGAGUAAGGAAUACUAAAAUUAGCAGAUUCUUGUCUGAAUUUUUAAUGUUCAAAACUGUUGAUUGCAGCUAGUUGCUUUGAGCAUUGACAAGGGCCACCUUUUGCCUAUGAAGUUGUCUCAAAAUCUUGCAUUGAUUAAAAAAGAAAAAAAAAAAGAAAAAAAAAAAGAAAAAAAAGAAAAAAAACUUUAAUCCAAGUAGCAUUAGGUAUUGCUGUAUGAUCAGUCGUAUGGUUAUUUGAAAGGUUCACAUUAUGUGGCAUCAAAAUCGUUUUUAGUGUUUUUACAGCAUCCCUCUGCCACUAAAUAGUUGACUUGAAUUUUGAAAACAAAUGUUUGUGUUUAUAUGUAUAUGUGUGUGUAUAUAUGUAUUUAUAGAUCUGUGUGUGUGAGUUAAAAGUGAGUUAAAUAGUUUUUCCCAUGCAUGUGUAUUUCAUACAUAUCUGGCUGAUAUAUAUAUUUCACCAUACACCAAUUUUAUAAUUUAUUAAAUGUCAGUUAAAAAAUAAAUAAAAGGAUAGAAAAUGGGAAAUACUUAUUUUUUAAACUCAGUCUGAUUUUGAAGUGAUUAAGCCUACACUAGGAAUAGAUCUCGUACAUUUUAGUCAUGAAUACUAAUCUGGUAACUUCAGAGCAUAUGCUUUGCUAUAAUACCGUUUGUAAAUGCGGAGCGCGACUGCCGUCAGCGUAACUGGGGGCGUGCGUGUUCCCAGCUUCUGAAACACCUACGAGAGAUGCGGGAGAGCUUGCGGCUGUUUUACCGACGAUUGUGGCAACGUUUCCAUUGACUGUAUUGUUAAAGAUGACCUGAAGAGCAGCUUAUGUCACUUUUGACAAUGGUAUUAAAAUCUUGUUAAUUCACCUAUAAAACGAAAUGUGGCGAGUGUGUGGUGACGCGGGAUCUGGCAUCUUUAUGCCUGUCUUAGCUUUUGGAAAGUGAGGUCGGCUGAUAACGUCUUCCAUUUCCUCACAAGCUACCCUGAAGGGAAGGAAGGCUGUUCAGUUCACCGUUGUCAUUUCUUUAACCUCAUGGCUCUACAAGGACGGGACAGAAAUGUUCUCAAGUCCUCCUUUGUGGUAUUAAUCCCAUAUGCUUUGUGAGUAUUCCUGUUUCAUGCUAGGGUGUUCUUUAUAGUUGAUAAUUCUCUGUGCCUCUGACCACAGUUAACAUUGCUUGGUAGAAGUCUCAGUCUGAGUUCUCGACCAGUUCCCUGCAAACGUCGCUCCAAAACUCAGCCUCCGUUGUCGCCUGUUAUCAAAGACGCAGUGAAGCAACCCGGGGCGGCCUGGCUUGCGGUACUGCUCCCUUCUGUGAUCCUUAGACUAGUGGUCUCUUGUCCUCAGAUUCUCCCACCGGAGGAGCGGGGUGCGCGCGCACGUGCACGUGUGCGCGGGUCGGGUGUAGCGCUCUGUGUACGUGCACAUACACACCGGCACGAGCGCCUAGCUGUUGCUCGAAGAGCAGGGUGGAAGUGGCUUUGAAUCGCUCUCGAGGGCAUGACCGAUGCGUCCUGUACAAGAUGGAAAAACCGCGCUGAGCUGUAACCUACGCCAUGCGCUCAAAACUUUGUAGCACUUCCAUAACGAUAGAUGCGACAGCAGUUCCAGGCUUGCCCUUUCCUCUCCGUGGCAAGGAGUCAAUAAGCCUUUCAAGGACGGGACGACUGAUAGAUUUUCAUUGGACUCUCUUGGACCUGCCUCCCAACACAGAGCUAAGGACUGUGAGAGAACGUUUUGAAAAUGAAUUCUUUGUCGCAGUUUAACAUUUCAGGGUUGUAAGCACAUUUUAAAUGGAAAGGAUUUUGGUUUGUCAGUGUAACUGGUUUUUUCUUCCUUUUGUUUUUUUUUUUUUAUUUUUUAACAGAGCUUAGAUUUCUAACAAGGGAAAAUUGCUGGUGGUCCCCGAAAGUGCUGCUGUUAAUUGUUUUAAUUAACAAAGGGAGAAAUGUAUAUAAGGAGAAUAUUAAAAAUACCAUUAAUUCCAUGAAUUUAAA